GUGAGGUUGUGCAGCCUCAUCGCUCCUCGCCUCCCUGCCUCCGUGUGAGAGAGAGAGAGAGAGUGGGCCUCAUCACUUACACACCACGACUCGCGAGUCGAGAAACUAUUCCACUACUAAGUGAUACUGUUUAAUAUCAGUAACUGUAGCAAGUAGCUAGAUCCUCAGACAAGUCAAUCUGAGGUUCUCCUUUCCUUAUCACGGCAAUUCUGAACCUAACGAAACACUGACAUGUCAAAUAAGCAACUAUGUCAAAAUGACAUGACCAUUGACACAUCUUAUUACUGACAAAUUAUUUAAAUACAAACCUAUAAACGAAAGAAACUUAUUAAACAUCUGUGAAGUAUUUUAAGACAUUUAAUAAAAAUAUCAAAGACUUCCUCCCCUCCUUCAUAGUGUAAAUUCAGUAUCAAAAUUAUUUAAAUGCAAAUAAAACAAUCUUUUAGAGGCUAAACUUGAUUUGGAUUCAGACCUCCAUGGUCGACAUGCUUCAUGUGUCUUUGAGAAUUUGCACCAAGGGGUUAUGACUGGGGAGUAGAACACCACUCGGAUUCCAGAGAACAUUCGUUGAACAUCUAAAAGAGAACAUUGACUGAGAGAACACUGUUGAUAGAAAGCUCCUGCACUGACAGAACACCCGCUGACUACUAGAGAGCACACUUCUGCUACCAAUAAAGAACACAAUUCGACUACCGUUUAAGAACACCUUCCACUACCACUAAUGAACACCCAUCAACCACCAUAGAAAAGACUCUCUUUGACUAUCACUGAAGAACAUCCAUCGACCACCACUGAAGAACACCCAUCGACCACCACUGAAGAACAUCCAUCUACUACCACUGAAGAACACCUGUCUGAUCUCCCUGUGGCCCUAGAACACCGUCGCCGGUUGCCAGAGAUUGGCUCAGGAUUCGAGACGUGUGUGAGUCCCAUGUGAUGGUACGACAGCAACAGUUCCCUAGGAAUACAAAUCGAUCUAAAUCAAAUUUCUAGAAAUUUAGAAGUGAAGAAUGCACUUAAAAUUGUGAAUACAAAAGACUGUAAAUGGCGUAAAAAAAAACCUUUGUCAUCACCUGUAAAGAUAUGUUUAAUUUAUGAGAACAAAUGUGACGUCGAUUUUGGGUUGAUUGCAUAAAGAUUCGAACCUAAAUAACAAGCCUUCUCAAGUCGCCCAGAAUGAAGCCUCAGAACACCCUCCAAGUGUACACACUGACACCCAAGUCUUGGUUCGAGUUCCGGGCCGGCCAGCCCGCCACCACCCUGCCAUGAGGAGCUGGAGUGGACGUCUCUCGUGCUGGACCCUACGUCACCGCUCUCAGCGGCCUGGCGGGAAGUGAAGCAAGAUGGUUCGUCGCCCCGCAGCGCUCUCUGUGAAUCUCGCCUUUCUGACCAUCGCAUCCUUAGGAGGGAGCAGUGAGGACGUUGGCGCCCUGCCCAAGUUCAUCGAGAACGUCCCCAACAUCACCGUGACUGUGGGAAGAGAUGCCCUUCUGCCCUGCACCGUCGAGCAGCUCAAGGGCUUUAAGGUGGCGUGGGUACAGGUCGACACACAGACCAUCCUGACGAUCCACAAGCAGGUGAUCACCCGCAACCCGAGGAUCGCCCUGCUGCACAACGACCACCGGACCUGGCACCUCCAGAUCAAGAACGUGAGGGAGAUCGACCGUGGCUGGUACAUGUGUCAGGUCAACACCGACCCCAUGAGAUCCCGCCAGGGCUACGUCGACGUUGUAGUGCCCCCGGAUAUAAUUGACAGGGAAUCAUCAGGUGACUUGACAGUCCGCGAGGGACAAGAUGUGGCCUUGACCUGUCGGGCCAAAGGUCACCCUCCUCCAAGCAUCAUUUGGCGACGGGAGGACAAUAAGGACAUCGUCUUAGAGCCCGGAAACACAGGUCAUGGCGUGGGCAUGAAGGGCUCUCCUGCAGCAACAGCAGCAGCAGGGCGAGACGGGCGUGGUGGAGGCAGGUACACGGGCGGCUCGGCGCGGGAGGCGCAGGGGGAGACCCUGCUACUGAAGAAGGUGUCGAGGCUCCAGAUGGGGUCUUACCUAUGCAUCGCCUCCAAUGGCAUUCCGCCCUCAAUCAGCAAGCGAGCCCACCUCAGUGUUCAGUUCCCGCCGAUGACCUGGGUGCCACAGCAGCUGGAGGGGGCCUACGUAGGACAGGAUCUUACCAUUGAGUGCCACACCGAAGCCUUCCCCAAGAGCAUAAACUACUGGACGAACGAGAAAGGAGAUAUGAUCGUUGCAGGGGAGAGGUUCGAACCCAUUCUGGCAGAGAGCUCCUACAAGGUCUACAUGAAGCUGAGGAUACGACGGGUCGACCCACAGGACUUCGGCUCCUACCGAUGUGUGGCCAAGAACUCCCUGGGAGAGACGGACGGAACCAUCAGAGUCUAUGAAAUCACACCGCCCCGGACCUCGGCAGAAGGGGGCGUCUCUCCGCAAGAGGCGACGGAAGACGACUCGAAGGAGGACCUGGCGACGUCUCCGACACACAAGAAAGAGCGCAAGAAGUACCAGAAUUUUCUACUCCCGAAGGGGAUAAACGACGUUGUGGAUCAGCAGCAACGGCGCAAGACUUACGGGCAGGAAGGUAACGCAGCACUCUUGCCAGAGACGGGGGAGCCGGCGACGCACCACGACCAACUUCCGCACUACCCAGCGCACGACGGAGGCAGCGCGUGCGCCGGUGCGCCUCCUGUGGUUGUUCUCCUCCUCCUGCUGCUGCUGCUGUUGGGGGCAACAGCGCACCUGCGCCUCACCAUCCCGCCCUGGCCUCGCCUCUGACUCCAUUGGAACCUCACAGCUGACAGCUUCACGAAACGUGGCCUGAAGCUGUAACAUUUCUCACAGUCGUAGCACCCAUUCCAGUCAGUUCUCUGGGGACUGUCCUCUAAUUCAACCCUUCAGACCAGUAGUUGUAGCAAAACAAAACAAAAAUUAUAUAUAUACAUAUAUAC